AUGUCAGACAUAUUGUGCAAGUGGCUAAAUGAAGAGCUCCGGCUGUCCAAAACUGUUGGUGAGUAAGUGCGAUCUAACUUACCGCGUACCAAACUACCUGGGUUACUACCAUAUACGUGACUGCUUUGGCAAAAUACAUCUGAAUUUACAAAGCUUGCAAUGCGAUAGCUUUUUGUCACACGUUUAUUCAUUAAGAGCUACCCUAAAUAGUGGUAAAUAAAUGACUUGACACAUUUAAGGUAAAGGUAGCCUACGUGAAUUGGUAUCGUUGUUGUAGGGGAUAUUUACGGCAAAGUGGUUUGAGAUACAUUAAAGUUAGGCUGGUGUUCACUUGUAUAUGCAAGAACUACAAUCAAAUGGAAACAUGGUGGAAAUGUUAAUGUCUAAUUGCAUGUUUCCCUUCACAGAACCAAAUACCUUUGCCAGGAUUUUCUCUAGUGGUUACCUCAUUGGGGAGGUUCUGCAUAAAUAUCAGCUGCAGAACGACUUCAAUAUGUUUAUGAAGAAAGAGUAAGUUCUUGCUCCCUUUCUCCUGUUGAUUAUUAGUGCUUUAUGGACUUGAAAAUAGUUGACUUUUCCUCAGUUCUCUAGCUUACUUCAAGUAUUUGUGGUGUUUAACCUAUCCACACCCUGUCUCAUAGCACCUCUGUCUCCAAACUGAACAAUUUCACCCGCCUCGAGCCCACUCUCCAUUUACUGGGGAUCUCUUUCGAUGUAAACACAGCCCAGGACCUGAUGCAGGAGAAGCAGGGUGUUGCACCACGCCUUCUGUACCAACUCUAUACCUCGCUGGAAAAGAAGAAGAAAGCAGAAGUCAGUGGGACUGUGAUGGAAAUCAUGCAGCCUGCAGCCAAUGCUAGCCUGCAUAAAAAGCAGCAUGAGAUCUACACUGAUGUAAGCAAAGGGGGGUGUCUGUGGGCAAUAACAACUUAACAUUUGAAAUUAACCUUCUUGCUCUGUACCUUUAAAACAAUAUGGUGAAUUAUGGACAUUUAAUCUUCUACAUUAAAUCAAAUAGUUGUACAAUCCUUUUUCAGCUCUUAUUGAUGCUAAUUUAACAUGUUAUGAAUAUUGACAACAUGAAUUUUUAAUCACCUUAUUCUCUUCCUCUGUAUAUAGCGGUUGCAUCAGGUGGUAAAACGAGAUGCAGAGCUGAAACUGCUGAAGAUUUCUGAGCACUAUGAAGAGAGGUGUCAGCAACGCAGUGAAAGGCUUGUUAUGACUCAUCCCAUACAGCAAACCAGAUCACUCAGAGGGCAGGGUGAGAGGAGAGUGAAGAGUAUUGAAAAGGUACUGAAAAAAAGAUUUUAUUUUGUCUCCUUGAGUUUUUAAGAUGCUCAGUUUGACCCUAUCACACAUUAAUUGUGUUGGUCACACUGUGAUAUAACACUGGUACUGACUGAUAAGCAAACACAUAUUUGUUGCUGAUGAAAUACAGGGAGGCCAGUGACACUGACAGUGUGGAACUGUGUAUGUUGCAGCUGCAGGUGUGUCGACAGAAACACAAUGGCAUCAUGACUUACAAAAAGGCUGCCUUUGUCCAGGUGCCCAGACCACCUCCCUACACUUCACAGCUCAACCUAAAGAAGAGACAACAUCAGCAGCAACGCAGGGAACAACAAGCUCAGGUGUGACCACAGAGGAGAUUUAUUUUUGGUUUGCUGACACAGGGCCAGAGUGUUAAUAGGUGAUGAUGUGGGGGAAAUAGAAAUCCUUUUAAAUGCUGGCUCUGGUCAUCAGAGUCUCUUGAGUACAUAGUGAAAAACAUCAAACCCAUAAUAAAAAAAUACAAGGCCAAGACCAUUUCAGUCAAAUGGCUCACUUUGUAAUGGUGUAAAAUGGUCAUUGUAGCAGCAGAUCCAUGUUUGUAUUUAACGUUUAGGCGUUGGCCCUGUCAUUCUUUGCAGAUUUAUUCUACAUGCUGAAAUUUGAAGGGUAAUAAGAUAACAGCUUCAACCUCCGGGCAAAGCCUGCAGGUGACCCCUGAGGAGUUGGUAGAGCUUAAAGUUAAGAGUGACCAGAUGUCAUGCAAGAGCAAAGACUUCCAGAUUUGGAGGAUAUCUUUUUCAGUCGUUUGUGAGAAGGCGCGUACCAAGUGUAAAAUCAGCACAGCUAGAGUUGCCUGCCUGAACCAGCAUUCAAGAGUUCAUUUCUGUUUGUUCCUUAAUUUCCAGGAUGCUUCAAGGUCCUCUCAAAAAUGAUGACUAUUUAUAAGGCGAAAUCAAUUAUUGUUUACAAAAGGGACAUUGGCAUCUGAUUUACUUUUAAGGAUUUCCAUGAAAUUUCCUAGAUUCUUUGGUGUUUCAACCAAAAAUGCUUUGAAUACAACACUAUCCCUUCAGUAAAUGAUGUGCAACAAAUUAAAGAAUUAACCAAAUUUUUCACUGCAUGUUUUUCAUUCAUACAGUGUGUCUAAAUUAAAAACAAAGGGGUGCAAUGAGUCUUUCUUGUGUAAUUAAAAUUGCUGUCCGUUUUAUGUUUAUAGAGAGUCCAGACUGAAAUCGCCCAGUUUGAGACAAACAGGAAGAAAGUCGCAACUUAUGGUUUUGCUUCCUCUUUAAGGUGAGAGAAAAGUAUGGUAUGAUUAUGAUAGGUAGAGAUUUAUAUCAUUUUAACUUUUUGGGUGUCCGCUGUCACACAUUGGAACACUAACUUCAAAAGUAAUUUGACAUUUUUAAUUUCUAGUGGAAAUCUCUUCCCUGGAAGUCCCCUUGGUGGCAUCAGCCAUGGAUGUGAGGUCCCUGGAAGUGGAACUAAGCUAGUUUUACAAUCCAAUAAAAAGUAUAUACAGGAAAUCCGCCAGAGGCUGGAGGAGAGUGCUCUUGCUCGCGAAGAGAGGGAGAAGAGACGAGGCAGAUUCCUGGUGGAGCAGCUAAAAGCCCAUGAAGCUCAAGAGGUGAAACUUGACAGUCUGUUGUUGCAGCCUGUUUUUCCUCUUGUCAGUUUGUUCUUUAACAUUCAUCAUCUUAACCUAAAUCUAAUGAUCAGUAAACUCGGCCUCACCCCGACAGGAGGCACGGCGUGAGGAGCAGUUGGUGAAGCGUCUGACCCGUCAGACUCAACAGGAGCAGCGUUUGACUACUCAGCUCCUCCAGAUGCGCAAGCAGAAGGAGGUGAUCCGGGAGAACCGCCUUUUCAGAGAGCAGCAGUACCAACAGCGAAGAGAGAGGGACUUCCAGGAGGCCCUGGAGAGGGAGGCGGUGAGAUAGGAGAGAAGGAAUAGGAAGGAGGAAGCAAAAUCCUCUCUAUCAUCGAUUUGUAAUAGGCCGUUUGCAUAAUAGUAAGAGUUGUGUCAUAGGGAGAGAGAGCGAGAGAGAGAGAGAGAGAGUAAAGGGUUGAUUUCGGUAGCUGGUAUAUUUUCGAUAGAGUAUUUACAGGUGUUACAUUCAGAGAAAGACAAAAAGGGACAACUACAGUAUGUGUUUAUUUUUAUGUCCUUGUAGCCAGUACAGUAGAUCCACAGUUUAACUGGAAAAUGAGCACAGAUACCUAAAGGUAAAAAAUGAAUCCAUGCUCCAGCAUGGUUUCAGUGUUACAUUUACAACACAACUGAUCCUCACUGACACAUCAGCUCCAGCCUCCCUGCAUCACUCCAAGCAGUGUGGCUAAUGGAUUGAUGGAUGUUACUGUCUGGUGUGGUCAUAAUGCAGUGGCCUUGUUACCAGUACUGGAGCAGAUUGUUGUGAAAUCAAGUCUCUGACUAUCAGGAGAAGACUGAAAGAGAAAAAAAAAAACAUAUGAGUGAUCAUAGGUAUUAAAGCUUUAAUAGGGUAUUAUUGAGAUUGCCUCACAUUCUAGGAAGCUGAAUUCAUGCAUUCACAUACUUGGUAAUAAUGAUUAAAAAACCUCUCCUCCUUUUUGGUCUUAAAUCAGUUUGUGUUUAGACGGUUUAAAAUGAGACCAAGUUUCAUUGGUUUUGCAUGAUUGCAGUGUACCAGCUGGCAUUUAUUCAUUCAUUUAUUUAUUGAUUUAUUUGUUACAACAGAUCUGAAUUGAAUUGCAGGAUCAUUUAUGUCAUGCCUUUUCUUACUCAUUCCAUCUUGGGCCUGGUUCAGGCUUUGGCUAAGCAGGCGAAGUUGGAGCAUGCAGAGGAGAUCAGAAAGGAGCUUGAACUUUGUAGCAGCAUUGCUGCAGAACGAGUUCAGAGCAGAUACAAGAAGCACUUUACAGUCUGCAAGGACAUAGUGGAGCAGAUAGUGGACUUGACCACCAAGAUUGGAGAAUAUCGACUGCUCACUGGGAAGUACGUACUACAUUGCAGUUGUUGAUGCAGAGGAAACACCUGUAUGAUAUGUGCUUUAAACCUACUAAGAGGCCUUUUGGUCUAAUAUUGAUAAAUGUUAAAUUACAAAAUGUGUUAUAAAAACUGCUUCAGUCGGUAAUAACAGAGUAUUAUUAUCCACAAUUGUUGUAAGAUCAUAAAGCUUGUAAAUUUCUAGGUUAAAUGAACUGUAGUUGUGGUGGAAUUCUAACUCAGUGCUCAGCAAAGUCUAAGAGUUUUAUUCAUGUUUGAACAAAAUUUACACCCAAGUUCUAAAAUUAAUAUCAAAGUUUAUAUUAAAAUUCAUCACAUUAAAAUUGGCUGCUUAUUUCUGAAGAGGAAAGGCAAACAAAGAUCAUAUAAACAGGAGCUUAUAAGGAUAUAAAUUCAUUUCCUUUAAGUGGCUUGAUACUGUCUGUUAUCACCGUUUCAUAAUUUUCCCUCCUCAGCAAAUCAGUUGAAUGUAUCCUAAAAAAGAACUUUCAAUGUGAAAUGUGAUGACUCAGAAAUCUUGUAUGGGAAGUCUUAAAAUAACCCCAAUUUUGCAAUGCAAUCCAGACCCAUACAGGUCCACUGCUUGUGAUAAAAUAAACGAAAAAACCUUUGUAUAGCUGGCUAGUGUUCAAAUAAAAUCAGGAGAUAUUCACAACCUGUCUGCUUCUUACCAAGAUCAGUUGAAUGAGGUCCCAUCAUGUAUGCUGGUACCAUAUCUUUUACAUAAACUGCUUCAGUGUUUCUUUUCAGUGUUAGAUUAACCAUUUUUGGAAAAAUAUUAUGUUGACUCAUUUUUCAGCCCAAAACAAGAAGCAAUCUGAGUUACUCUAAACACAUUUGAACAUUAAAUUAGCACUGCAGAGUUAAGUUGCAUUCCUCUAUGUUAUAUACAUUAAAUAGAUCUGAAAGGUCAUUCAAUUUUUAAGUGUGUGGUUCAGUCCGGCUCUCCUUCCCUGUCAUUUUUGUCUGCUUUCAUGCUCAGGCUGAUCCCACAGAAGGUGAUGAGAGAGUGGAAGGAACUGCUGUUCAGUGGUCUGCCUCUCUAUGAGCCAAUAAAGGGUCAACAACCAGGGUUUGAAUUCUCAACCCCCUUAGACCCUGUAGAGCAGGAGAAGCAGGAGAUACUCAAAAACCAGGACUAUGAUGAAUACACUGUGAGUCUGAUACUUGAGUGCAGUUUGAGUUGAAAUUGUUUUCAUUUGUCUGUUUUCCUGCACAUAUUCAUUCAGCUUCACUCUUUACCUUCUUUUACUUAGUCAAUCCCACAUGUUAGAUAGACUAAAUCUACCAAGCUAAGCUAUUUUGGCCUGUAAAAGUUGUAAUAUUACCAAAAGGACCUGAGCUGUCUGAAUGCUGAAGAUUCUCUUUUGUCUGAGUCACAUGUUAUCUUUGUCAGAACAUGGUAGGUGAGUGGUCAUGGCCAGAGGAAGCAGGGGAGUCCAAAUUACCCCUGACCAACAACAACAUCCUUGGGCAUGUUGUCCAGCGCCUGAAGAACAUUGUAAAUCCACCUGUUAGAGAAUCCUGCACAUCUUCUUUUCCGUACUUUACCCUCAAGGCUUGUGUCCUGGGUAAAUUUUGCUCUGGCAAGACCACCUGCUUGUCCAAGUUUUCCCAAGGUACAUGGCAUGCAGUUCUAACAUGCUGGUGCAACAUACACUUAUACCACACAAAGUAAUAAUCUUGUUACUGAAAUAAAAAGACAACAUUAAAUAAAAGGGUGUAGUAUAUUGCUGAGUUUGUGUUAUUUUCUACUUUAGCCCAUGGUGUCCAUGUCUUAUCUGCUGACACACUGAUCGAGAAGGUACUGACUGCCAACAAGGAUGAAGCGGUGAGUAAGAUACAGUAUAACAGUCUCUUAUCAUCACAACUGUCCUUCACAUCAUCAGACACUGAAGAUUUUUCAUGUCCUUUAAAUUUCCAAAAGUUUCAAACUCUUCAUUUUGUAAAUGACACAGGUAACAGAUCAGCAGGGAGAGAAGGACAGUGAGCAACAGCACACUUCUCCUGAAAUACUAAAUCCUGGUGGGUUGCAUAAAUCUGUUCUGUUAUUGGCUAAUUAAAAAUUAGCUGUGUGUUAAUUUGUUUAGAGUUUGACUUGCUUGAUGAGAUACAAAGAUUCACCUGUUUUAUCCAGGCCCUGACAGUCAAGAGGAACAUAGAGACAGUUGCACUGGAGUAAGUCAUCCAUAUACAUGUUCUGGCUAUUUUAUACGGUGGCCCUGAGGUGCAAAACACAACGGCAAAUAAGAAAACACAACACAAAAAUAGAAAACACAAUGUUUAACAUCAUUGCGUUUUUUUAUUUGCCUUCGUGUUUUGCACCUUAGGGCCACCGUAAUUUUAAUCGUAUUUACACACAGCACACUCAGGCACACACAAAGUAACCUAAAGUGAAUUUGUGAGUAAUAACUCCUCAAAUUGGUGAACAUGAAACCCUUUUCAUUCUGUUAUUCGUUUUAUUUUACAGUUAUCUACCCAGGCCAUGCAGGGUGCAGCUGUACAAAAAGAGCUAAAGAAAGGCAACGUCAUCCCAGACCAGCUGUUAGUGGACAUUAUAGUAGAGGCUAUCAGGUACAGUUCAUACAAAUCAGUUUAUUGUAUAGUAUCUAGUUGGUGAUAAUUAUGUAGUGUUAUUUUUAUAUACAGUACAAAAUAAAUCAUCAAUAGAAAUCCAAAAAUCAGUGACAGAUCAGCCGUGUCCAUACAGACAAGUUCCAGCUCAUUCUGGUUGGAUCCUGGAUGGCUUCCCCACAGACAUCACCCAGGCCCACCUGCUGGAGAAAGCUCUGGGUGGAUCUGUGGAUUCGGAGAAUAAUGUUGUGGACCGCAGGAUGAACCUUGCUGCUGAUCCUAAUCCCCCUGAACCACCAGCACCCCCUGCUUCUGCGCUGGACUUGGUUCUGCUGUUAGAUGUCCCUGAUGAAUGUGUGGUCAGACGUGCAUUUGGUCAGAAAGGUAUGUUAAAUGGUGGAGGAGUAGUGUUUUCCUUGUACACCAAAACACAAUUGUUCAUCUACAGGAGUACAAAGAGAAGAGUUACAUAAAUAAAUUACAUAUUUUUCUGUGUAUGUGUGUGUAUAUUUUCCUCUUUCUAGAUACUGAACCUAAUGUGGACGCUGAAACUCCUGUUCCAACUACUUCCAAAUCCACAGACAACACCAUAUAUCAGGCACAGACUCCACACAGGUAGAAAAAAAGACUCAAAAGUCAAGCUGUACUGCUACAUGACUGUGUCCCUAAUGUCUCAUAUCCCUGCCUCCUUCAAAGGGUUGGAGCUUUUCAGGACACCUGGCCAAAACUGGAGAAAUGGUUUGGAGGAAAACAAAACAUUCUGGUCCGAGUCGAUGCAGAUGUUGAUGAGGAGGAGCUUUACAAGAGAGCGGAGUCUGCCCUGCUGCAGGUUAUGUUGCAAAGACAAGAGGGUAACUGAUUCUCCUCAGUUUGUUUUAUUUGAUUGUUUUAAAUAGUGAAAUGUUAAUUAAGGUGAUAAUGAAAGAAACAAGAUCAAUUUACAGUUUCUUUACAUCUUUCUAGCUUGUGUCACCUCUCAAGUUGAAGAUGAGAUGUUGGGAGGUCUGAAAGCCCCGGAAUCUUGCUCCUCUGCCACAUCUUUACCUGUCGACAGAUCGCCGACCAUCACAGAGAAGCCUCUUGGCCUCUCAGACUCCUGCUCGAGCCUGAGGGGGGAGGAAACACAAAGAGUAAAGUCCCCUUCCAGAUCCAACCUAAACUCCCCCAGAGGUGAUUUCAAUUAACCAUCUGAAGGAUAGAUAAAAACAAUUUGGGGAUACCUGUUCUCAUCUGAAAAGCACAGUUAGAUUUUUGUUCAUUCAGAACUUUCAUUUGCAUUCAUCAACAAUUAACAUCAGAAAUAUGAUCAAUUGUAGACUCUUUUAUUGAUCUUGUGUAUAUUUCCUUUACCUAUAAACAGGACACUCCAGGAGGUCAUCGACUUCUUCAUUGACCCAUAAGGAUUCUCAGCGAAGCACCAAGGUUCCACCUGAAUCUGUGUCACCUCUCCCUGGUUCACCCACCUGGGUCUAUAUGGAUGAGCCCCUUCCUCCUGUAGGCCAAAGUCUUACAUGAGACACUUUCCAUAUACCAUGUCAUGUUGUAUAAUCUUCUGACCUUCCUAACUCACCACUUUGUUUUCAUUUCUUCUUCUUCAACUUCCUUCUAAAGGAGAUCCCAGUGUACCUGUGCUCACACUGGGAGUCACUGUGUGAUUCUUAUGUGAACAACAUAAAGACAGUGAUGCAGCAGCUGCGCUCACAGCGCACUGUUAUUGACCAUCACCUUUACAACAUCAGGUAUUCUGCCAGCUUUUCCAGUACCAUGUUUAACUUCAUGUACUACUCUAGGUACAUGUAAUCACACGAUGAAGAAUUUGCAUAUUGCUGACUUUUGUGUGCCACUUUUGUUCUCAAACAGCUGAUCUUCAUCAUUAUCCCAUCAUUAUCCCAGAUUAAAUUAAAUUGAUCACUUUAUAAGAAUUUAUUCUGGGUUUGUUUCUGUAGAGAGGAGUAUAAACAUUAUCUGGGGCGUCCCGACUUGAAGCAGGAGUUAGUGUCUCAGUGGCAGAAAGACUUCAACAACAUUGCUGAUGAUAUGAGAGAAGAUGAGGAUACAAAAGCAGAGCUUCAUCUAAGACUGGAUGUAAAAGCCUUUCUAUCAUAUUGCAACAUAAAUAUUAUAAAAGUGCUUGAAAAUAAAUACAUGAAAAACAGUGAUAUUUCAAACUUUGUACAGGAACUGUGUGAACGUUUGUGGGACAUUAGUGAUAAGCGUAAAGAGGAAGAUGAGCAAGAGAAGGCUGCUCUGGGGAAAAGCUGGCUGGAAGAUCACAUCGCUGUCCUCAUCAACAACCACAUUGUUCUCAUGCAGGUAACUUCUUUUCAUUCUUAUCAUUUAUCCAAGCUAAAUAAACGUGUCGUUGCUGCUGUUAUUGCCUGUACUUUGUACCCGGAUCCUCCUCGUUUAUUGUCAAUUAACUUUUAUGAAUUGUACAUGAGCAGCCAGUAAAAUUGGCAGAACCACAAUCAUGGUUUGUUUGGUUGUUCAGGUGGAGCUGGACCGUUUCCAGGACACACUCUGUAUCUUAAAGGUCUACUACUUGAGCAUGUACAAACACGUGUUACCUGAGCUACCAUCAAACUUUGUCUGUAUCCCGCUGUUGGACAAGGAUCAGGGCGAGAGGCAAGACAACACACUUUUCAAAACACAACCUGACUAUUUUUAUACAAUAUGAUGAGGUAAAGUAGGAGAAUUCUGAACAUUUUAAAGGUAAUAAGAGCAAAUAAUUAUUUUCUGCCAACAGUACUGAACCAGCAGACACAAGUGUGUGUGAUCAGGCAGAUGACGGGGAGCUCAAGAGUAAAAGUAAAUUGUAAGGAAGAAGUACAAUCACACACUUUUUCCUUUUCUUAACUCUGUUUUAAAGAUAAACCAGAUAUUUUCCAUAAACAAAUUAAAAACUCUCAAAUUUAUGAAUAAUUCUAUCCCCUGUUCUAGUAUCCCCUUCCUUCCGAGACGUCCUGAUUCCUCCAAAGAGGUGUCAAACACAAACAACCAGGCUGUGACAGAACCUGUCAAGGUAGAUUUCCUGCCUCAGUUUUAUAUUGAUUGAGUUUUCUUGAAGUUUCUGACUGAUUUAGCUUUUCAGAAUACACUCAUAUCUUCAGUAUGACUGCUUUGUAAAUUAGAUACUCGCUUAUAUUGCUGGUUUUAUGCUGACAUUCAUUCUUAAAGUAAAGGACAUCUCAUUGUUUACUCCAGCCACCUCAUGAGAAACUAAUUUCUGACUAUGAAGAGGCCGUGGAAACCAUCAACAAACUGGUAAUGACCUGUUGAAAAUUUUAAAUGCCUUUAUAUUGAGGUAUAUAAAGUGUACAUUUUCUUUAACCUUUAUUUUAAUUGGGUGGUUCUUGUGUGUAGGUGUCAGCAGAAGCCCACCAGGGGGAGACAAAAGAGCAAACGGAGAAACCACCAGAGAAGGAAAAGCCAACGGCCCCUGCCAGUGCAAAGAAAAAGAAAAACACCAAGCAGUCAUCAAAAAAGACAAAAGGCAUGCUGUUUGUAGAGAGUUAGGAAUAAAAUGAAGAGGACUCGUCUAACAUGCACUGCACACUUCAGAAGGUCUCACAUAUGGUCUUAUUCCUCCAGGUCCACCAACUCCACCGCCAGCACCAAGCCCUGCACCCACAGAGGGAAAAAAACAUGCUGAAAAGAGUCAUCCUGAAAAAAUCAGAAACAUGAUACAUAAAGAAUAUGCAGCCGCACUAAGUCACGAGGGUUUGCAUUAACACACAUUCAUACCCAGAGAUUCAGUGUCUUCUUUAUGCUACUGUAUAUGUAAUAUGCUACAGCUCUAAUAUAAAGGAUACAUACUGUACAUGCAAUACCUUUAGCUGUUUUGUAUUUGCAUGCAUGUGUGCGUAUUUUCCAGAGAGUGCAGCAAAAGUGCGCAUUGCUCUGGUGAAAGGUCAUGGUCUGGCAAUGCUACACUCCCUGCACAGCAGAGCAGAGCAGACUUUCAGCAGCAUGGAGGAGUGGUUAAAGACUCGGUAUCUUGCAGAAAUGAAGAGGUAUGCAACAGGAUGAGAAAGGGUUCAUGAAUAGUGUAAGGCGGUUAGGGUCAGAUGUGCAUGUAGAGAAACAAGUAUACAAUUAUAACUGUGGAUGGGUUUGAUGUCUUUAUUUUAAACCUGGUUGGUUGACAGUUAAUCCCAAUCUGUCAACUGUUUACUCCUCUCUAGUAUCGACCAGCUAACAGAAGUGGUUCGCCACCAUAUAGAGACUGCUACUAAGCUGCAGACAGAGUUGGUGUUGGUAUGUAAGGACUUUGUAACUUUUAUUUUUGCAGCUUUUUUUUCUAUUGUAACAGAAACUCUGUGAGGUUAAGUCUGGAUUCUUACAGUCUCUAUUUCUCUCUAUAAGUCUCUAUUUCCAUCCUCCAACACUGUCUUAUCCAGGAGUGUACAGACUUCUAUCUAAAUGGAGACUGUCGCAUGGUGGCCAGUCCUGUUCCCCCUCCACGUCCACCUCCUCUGGAGAUACCAAUACAGUCUACACCCACCAUCAUUCAAUUAGAGGCACUCCAUCGACAACUAUACUCUGUGGCUCCUUCAGGUAAACAUAAGAGAGACUAUUUGUGAGAUUGUUUGUUCACUCAUACCUGCUCUCCUUUUGUUUACUCAUGCUCUUUGUACUGUCUGACUUGCAGGCCUCAUGUCCAGCGCUGAGUUUGCCAGUGCUCUUGAGGAUAUUAUCUCUGUCAAUAUGGACAAGAACUCUUUGCCUGAGCUGUGGUUCAACAUAAACAAAACACAGGUAGUCUUGAUGGCACGAAAGAGAGCAUUCCAAAAAAACCCACUUUGGUUUUAAUUUGUUGAUCGUAGAUAGAGAUAGUUCAUAGAGGUAGAUAGUAACCAUACACUUUGAGUGACUUGACAGUUAAAUAUCACUGAGCAAUGCAUUAGAUACUGACACCAUAUUGUUCAUGUACUUAAUUCAGUCCAAUCAGAAAGAGCCAAAUUCAGGAGCUGCAUUUUUGUCUCUCCUGUCCCCAGCGGAUGGAGAUUGUGUCUCUGCUAACAGACGACCAUGAGCUGAUAGACUGGCAUCGGUUUCUGCUCAGUGCUGCCCUGCCUUGGCCAUUUCCCUCAAUAACACAGCUUCUGGAGACACUUCAGCAUUUCAAAGCAGCAGAUACUGGCCGCACAGGCUAUAUAAAUGAGGAGCAAUACCAACAGGUUUGUCUUUAUAUUCACAUAAAUAUUCACUCUGCAGAUUUUCUGUGUAAGCUUUGGUCAAAGUUGGCCUCAGUUCAUUUAGUUUGAAAACAUAUCGAGUAGUUUGGACGGUCAACAAGCACAGUUUUCUGUUUUUUUUAAAGAAAUGUUUAAAAUGUCUCUUGCAAAUUGAUUUCCUCUUUUCAGAUAGAGUUAUGGUUCUCCAAAGAGAGUGCACAGCCCAUUCCUGAAGACCCCUCUGACCCUCUACCUUAUGAUCGUCAGGCUAACCUUCACAAGGUACAAUAAUUUUGAGCCAAUGUAUACUUAUAUUAUUCCUGAAAGACAAACUAAAAUGAAAAACUGAGAGGAUCCAGGAGAAAUAUGUGAUAAAGGAACUCAAUGUCACCCUAUUGUACAAAUAAAUAAUCAAAAACACAAGAGGAUUAAGUCAUUGCAAAGCCAUCUGUUUACCUUUAAAUCCCAGAGGGAUAAGACUUCGACAUUGCUAAUAAACUAAAUUGCAUAUGUAGAUACAACAGUCAAACCUUAACUCCUGCCUCUAUUCUCUUGUUAGCUCUUUUUCCAGUUGUUUGCAGACCACUCCAGCUCACCCUCACAACUGGACUACGUCUCUAUGCUGCAAUACUUCGCAGCUGACCCUAACCCCAAAGAGGGCUUCAUCAGAGCUUUAAGUGUGGCGUCAGGGAAUCAUCUCAAACACUCCUCGACAGGUCAACUUGUCAAGGUGAGUAAAACAAAGUACUAAAAACAGCAAAUAGAAUCUAUACUUGAAAUUUAUUGCAGUUUUUAGUCAUGCGAUGCUUACUACAUUUUAUCAUUUUGUUUGUUAAAAUCUCCUCACAUAGACUGGAAAUAUUUAUGAUUUUAUUUUCAAUAUUAAUAACUAUCAGUUUCAGGUCUGGUAAUUAAUUUACUUUGCAAAUUAAAGCUCAUCAACAGGAUAACAUCAGUGUGUUGUCUAUACAGUCUAUGCCGAGUAUAGGGGAGGCUGCAGAGCUGUGCUCUCCAGACCCUGAUGACGAGAACAAGGAUGAAGAGACUAACCCGUGUGCAUCAAGCACUCUGCUGGGGGAGCGAGGAGUGUCCAUCUCUGCCCUCCUUGCCGUCGUCUGCCACAAACUUACCAGGACAAAAGAUGGACACCCCCUCCCUCCGGGCUGCAUCAGUCAGCAGGAGCACACUGAGGUCUGCCCUGAUAAUUCAAACACAGUAGUUCGAUAAAAGCAGUUGAAGAUGUCUUUUUUAAAAGCUAAUUAGUAAACAUAUUCAAAUGAAACUCACCCAUGUAUAUGUUCUGGUAAUCUUCUCUGGCCUCCAGCAACUGGCGAAUGUUUUCAGAGAGCUGGGCUACAAACCAGAAGACUGUGUCCCCUUCUCCAUUCUCUCUCAGCAUCCUCUUAUCCAGGAACUGAUGGAAAUCUCAACACAGCACAUACUAGUUGUGAGUCACAUUGAAAACCCUCAACACUUAGUGCCCCCGUAUCUGCCCCCUACUCCCCCAAUACUCUCACUUGUUGUUUUGUGGAUGAUAAAACCUCGUGAACACUCAAUCUCAUCUUUCAUUUCACAACAUUUCUUUCUUGUUUUGAACCUUCACUUGUCUCUGAAGUUUCUCAUUCUCUCUCCCUGUCUUUGUUCUUGCUUCAGGACAUUCAUAGAGUACUCCUUGACACGCCUGAUGAAGGAGAGGCUAACAGCUUCACAGUUUCCUAA